CUGUGAUUGGACGCUGGCAGCAGGUAGAGACGCACAGGUACUUCAACGCAUUCUCUGGCAAGGGAAGAUUCCUGCGUGUUCACUCGCUGCUCUUUUCUGACUUCUCGAGCACAUCACCUUCUUUGUCUUCAGCUCUCAGCAAAUGUAAAUGAAUGUCGGAAAGAGACGAAUAUGUUUCGUUCUCAGAGCGAGGCUUCAUCAGGAAUCUCUAACCUGGCCUUUAGAUGUUCGAGGACGUUUUCUUGUGCGUUAGAAGAUAACCUUUUAAAGUUGAUUGACUUCUUCAUUGUUCGGAUAUAAGUGACUGGAUUAUUUUUUUGAAUAUAGGACCUCUAACAUUAUAAAAACUUGUCAAACUGAACAGAAUGACUGAUUCAUGGCUGCAGCUCCUUGUCUUGAUGUUAACGGGUCUGUCGACAUGUGUGGCACAAGUGUGCGGCAGGCCUCCGCUGGGGACGCGUAUCGUGGGAGGAGCUGAAGCACCAGCAGGGGCGUGGCCAUGGCAAGUGGACAUUCAGUUGGGAGCCAAAGGCCAUGUUUGUGGUGGAUCCAUAAUUGCAAAAAAUUGGGUCCUUUCUGCUGCACACUGCUUUCCUAACCCCUCAGACGUGUCUACGUAUCGCCUGUACAUGGGACGCCAUCUGCUCAAUGGCUAUAACCAGUUUGAGAUGGUCAGUCAGGUGCAGCAAGUGGUCGUUCCAGAAGGAUACUCAAGCCCUCAGGAGGGCAGAGAUGUAGCUUUAGUGCAGCUGCGCUCUCCAGUCACCUGGUCAGACAGGAUCCAGCCUGUGUGUCUGCCAUACGCUGGGUUCCAGUUCAACAGUGGAACCUUGUGCUACGUCACGGGCUGGGGAUACACUCAGGAGGGUGUUUCUCUCGGUGGAGUCGGGGCGCUUCAGGAAGUGCUGGUGCCCAUUAUCAACCAGUCCUCCUGCCAGUCAAUGUAUCAGAUAUUGUCAUCUGAUUUAGUACCAGUCAACAUCUUAUCAGACAUGAUCUGUGCUGGAUACAUGGAGGGAGGCAAGGAUUCCUGUCAGGGGGACUCUGGAGGCCCUCUGGUCUGUCCUGGUGGCAAUGGGACUUGGAUUCAAGCUGGAGUUGUAAGUUUUGGACUUGGCUGUGCUCAGAAGAACCGGCCAGGAAUCUAUUCCAGAGUCUCCAGCUUCGCGAGCCUCAUCAGGAGCACAGUUCCAGAAGCUCACUUUCUCGGUCACGCUCAGAGGAGUCAAAGUCAAACGCUUCUGGUUCUUGGCCUCUCUUGUGCAUUAGUACUUUUGAGGAGAUAGUAUAUUAGUUAAGUAUAUAUACAAUGUACAUGUGAAACACAGAGUCAAGUUUUGAAACACCACAGGUUUCAUUUGUGUGGCAUUGAUUUGCCAUGUUUUACAUGCUUUUGUGGGGCACAAGAUGUACCCAAUGCUGAGCUUCAUGGGUAUUGAAAAUUGUUUUUUUAACAAUAAUGUAAUAUGUGACAUGUUUUAUGAUAG